AUGGCUGGAAGAGAAGUAAAGGAAUACACUAAUCUCACUGACCCGAAAGAUAAGAAAUUGGGGAAAGGUGGGAAAGACAAGGUAAUUGAUGAUGAAGAUAUCACAUUCCAUCGCAUGGUUGCUAAGAUGCAAGAGGUUGCUGGAGAACGUGGUGGCUACCUUCAUGGUCGAGGAGCGCUGGAUAGCGAUGAUUUACUUUAUCUCAAAGAGCAAAUGGAGGCUGAAGAGGAUGCAGAACGCCUCUUACGUCGCACUGAGAAAAGGGCAUUUGCUGCUUUUAAAAUAUCCUUCUUUUGCUCUUUUAUUUCUAAUCUAUUUCUGUCUGCAAGUCAGGCAGAUUCUUCACCUGCAUCAGUUCCGUUAUCACUUCGUGUUGAACCCAAGCCAAAGAGUGGAAUUAGGCAGCAAGAUCUGCUGAAAAAGGUGGUCGAAGUUAAGCCAAAACGACCUAAAGUUUCAAACUCAUCUGAUGGGAACUAUUCUUCCCCAACUUCAAGUGAUCAUGCUUCCGACUAUAAAAUCAAGUCUGACUCUAACCAGGAAAAGAAAGGACACAUUUUACCAACACCAUGCAAACCCGAAGUUGAGACAAAUGUGGAAUAUUCUGUUAAAAAUGAGGUUGAAGAAAAUCCUGUUAAAAGUUUGCUAGGUUUAGCAUAUGCAAGUUCUGAUGAAGAAGAAGACUAG